CGCGCUUUCCUCGGUUUCACCCAGGGAUGCCACUUGGAGUAAGAGGCAUGUCUCCAGAGGAUGACCUUCGAAGUCCCCCCCUUGGUUUCAGCGGUACCAGGGAGGAUUUCACUCUGAGUCGUGGCGACCUAGACAGCAGUCAUGAGCCUGUUGGUAGAACCAGGGCACGCAGCAGUCUCCAUACAGGAACCCCAGAGUGUGAGAUCAGCUGUCUCAGAGAUUUUGGCAAUAAAAAUAAUCCUUUCCUGAAAAUGCUAAUGGAUGCAGAAGCAGCUGCCAAUUCUGCAGCAAUCCAGCUAGUGUCGUUUAAAGACUCCAUCGACGAUGAGUAUGCUGAUUCAAGACAGUCUGCCAAAGAUAAACGCCAAAUUGCAAGACAGCGUGGGCUUCUGCUGGAAAAGCUAGAGGACUUUAGACGAAUUAAUAAGUCAGUGCGACAGAAACUGAAACAGCUCCAAGAGGCAGAGGCAAAUCGAAUUGAUGCAGACCAGCAGAUUGACACGCUGCUGAAGAAGAUCAUGCAGGCUGAGAGUGAAAAUGAGAAUUUAAAGAAAGAUUUGAGUGAGAGUGAACAGAAGGUCAGGGAGCUGAUAGAUCUGCGGAGAAAAGAGCAGGAGAACGUAAAGAGUGCAGUUCACAUGACCAAGUCAGCAGAGGCAACACGUGCUCACCUACAGGGACAGCUACGCAACAAGGAAGCUGAAAACAAUCGCCUUACUGUACAAUUACGGGCUCUGGAGAGACUCAUAACCGAGCAGAAGCUGGAGAUUGAUGAUCUGAAGGGGUCUAUCACCUCUCUGUCUGCGAAGGCAGCACAGGACAAAGAAUCUCUGAAGAAAGCCACCCGAGCUCAGAAACUGAGAGCGGAGAGAUUUGAAGCUGCUAUUGAGAAAUGCUACGCACAGCUGAGGGAAAAGGAUGCUCAGCUGGCCAAAGCCCAUUCAGAGAGAGACUCAAGGAGAGGACAGAAGGAGCAGACGACAGAUGAGAAAGACAAACUCGUUGCUCAUAUAGACUUAUUGAAAAGCCAAAUUGCAGACUUGACAAUGAGAGUGCAGAAGGAGAAGGACGAGCUAACUGCAGCAAAUGAAACUCUGAUGCAAAGGCUCGAAAAACUCAGCUCAGACAACGGAGAACUCGGCAUAAAUAAUGCAACACUCAAGGAAUCUGUAGCUCAGCUGGAGCAGCAGCUCGCUGAGUGCGAGUCUGCCCUCGUAGAGGAGAAGAUCGUCUCACAGGAGAAGAAGCACCAAGCUGAACAGUGUCAUUAUCAGGUUGCACAACUUCAAGCUGAGCUCCAUGAUUCAAAGAUAAAAUAUACAAGUCUUUUAAGAGAAACAGAGAAGACACGAGAUGGAAAAGAGGCAGAAGUUGAGAAGGUGAGGCAGGAGCUGCAGGGGCGCGUGGAGGAACUGAACGCUUACCCCGAGUUACUGAAUGCAGCUGAGCAGAGUCUCUUUGAGUGCCAGGAAAACCUGCAGCGCUUGGAGAGGAAGUGCUCAGAAAAGUCAGAGUCCAUUAGGCAACUGCAGGUUAAGAUGGAGAGUCAAAGCAAACUGCUGAGAUCAUCUGCAGAGAUGAGGGAGUCCAUUCAUGAGGCCAACUUACAAUUACAAGAAAAACUGAUUUCUAUCCAAAAAGAGACAGACAAACUGCAGCAAGAGAACCUGGAGCUGGUACGGAGGCUCGCAGCUCAGGAGGAAGCUCUCAGCUACAGCAACCGGCAGCUGGAUCAGCGCUCAUCAGAGUGUCAGGCCGUCAGCCGACAGCUGGAGGCAGCUUUAGCAGACGUCAGACAACAGGUCACUAAGGUGAAAGAAGAGGCUGUUUCCAGGGAAGAGGCUCUUCAAACCAAAAUCCUGGAGCUGGGAGCCGAGAAGAGCAGAAGGGAAAGCGAGCUGAGGCUUCUUCGCCAGAGCAAGCUCAACGCAGAGAAGCAGUAUGAGGUACGUCUGAAGGACCUGCAGCUUAGCCUGGACCAAUCAGAGAGCCACAAGCGAAGCAUUCAGAAUUAUGUCGAUUUCCUCAAAAACUCUUAUAAGGCCAUGUUUGAUGAAGGACUGCAAACAUCAACAUCUUAUUUUCUGAAAUGAUGGAGGUUUGCAUUUUAAAUCCUGAUUUGUUUUGCACUCUGAUAUUUAUUGGGUCUGUUUAAAAGGGCAACAUGGGGGUAACUAAACCCUGAUUUUUAAUUGGUUUGAUCAGUUUCUACUUUUACAUUCAGAUUUUUGAACUGCAUUUCCAGGAAUCAAGUAAUCUGCUGCUGUUUUUUUAAAAUACAGUAAUGUUUUCAGAUGUUUGUACAUCUUGAACUAUGAUAUUUUGGUGCUAUUCUGUCCGUAUGACAAGGAGCUUGUUGCAUAACUGUUACAUAAGAUUGGCCAAACUCUGAGUUGAGUAACACCUAAUAGUACUGUUGCAUAAAUAUUACACAUUUGAAGUGUGAAUGUAAGAUAGCAAAGACUACACUGGACUGCAGGAAACCUCUUUUCAAUUUCUAUUAUUUUAUAAAUUUUAAUAGAUUCAUUUAUAAAAAACAAAACAAAAGGACUUUCCAGCAGGGUAACACGAAAUUGCUAGAAGGACUAGCAAUCAGGUUAUUUUAGGCACAAUGCAGUAUGUACUUGAUCUGUCUUAUGCAAGUGGCUACAGCUGAACAACUUUUUUCCACAGCCUGCAACUGAACACCAACGAAAUUAUGACAGCAGUUGUUGGCCAAUGCAAGUGGUGCUUGAAAACGAAACAUUUUAUUGGUGCUUACAUCCUUUUCAGUAACCUUUGUGUCUUUAUAAUGCAUUCAAACAGUGCACGUGUGCGAUGAUAAAUUACAUGUGCAAGUAAAGCAGCAGGCACUCCACUCAAAUAAUGUUUGAUUGUAAGUCAGAUACAUGUGUGAUUAAAAUGUGAAUUUAUGAAUUGAAUGAAUUCAGAGUGAACUGAAAACAUGCAAAUGUGGUGCACAGCACAGUGCAUCACUGGUGGAAGGGUUUCCCAGCUGCCAGUAAUGGCUAUCUACACUCUGCCAUAUUAAAGACGUAGCACACUGUGUGUAGUACCUGAAAUAAAUGCCACCCUUGUGUAACACUAUGCCCUCUUCACUUAAACUUGCACAUUCAGUGUGUGAAUGUGUGUGUGAAUGGGUGGAUGACUGGAUAUGUAAAGCGCUUUGGGGUCCUUAGGGACUAGUAAAGCGCUAUAUAAAUACAGGCCAUUUACCAUUUACAUUCUGACAGGGUUGCGAUAUCUGAUAAUUGGCAAAAUUAUAAAUUAGCCCCUAAAGGCUGCCAGAAUAAUAUAAAUCCCAAUUCAAAUAUAACAUUCUUGCUAUCAAUACGCAAUAAGCAGUUUAUACAUUUAGAAACAGAUUUCUGCUCCAUCUUCUCCACGGGCUUGAUCUUAUAACGCUGAUAACUGUGGAAGCUUCCACGCCGUCAUUCCCACCGUCAGUUCAGCAGAAAGCAAAACUUUUGGAUUCACAAAAAAAAAAAAAUCUAAUUUUAAUUGCAAAUGACUUUUUGUUUGGUCACAUUUUGUCCCAGCUGUGUUUACCUGCGAUAGAAUGAAUCCAUAUUUCCAGCUGUGACUUUGCCCAUCACCCAUAAUAAAUCUUCUGCUCUGACUAGUGAAGCUGAUUCAAAAUUCAGCGUCUUUACUUUUAAUUUCCCUGUCAUCCUCCCGGUGCUGGAAACAGGCGUUUGUUUGUUUGUUGGUAGUGGACAUAGCAAAGGUGUGGUGUGCACUGGUUGUGUUUUAUAUUAGGAUUCUCAGCUGGACUGAGAAUAAUUAUGUGUGGCCAUUAGCUGUGAAGUCCAUGCCUUUAGGUUGCAAAUGUAACUGCCCACUUCUAUCUCUGUUGUUGGUUUGUCUAAUAAAAAUCUUAUAUUAAUCUGGCCUGGAGGCAAACACAAGAGCUCCGGUAUCAGUUGCAGCGUGACUUACUGAGAUUUACCGAAAAACUGAGCCAUAAAUGUACUGUGUUUAUUUCUUUUGUUCUCUCACUGUUGCUUGUGCUUCCCUGCUGUAUCUAUGGUAAUAAACUACUGUGAGUCCA